UCCUCAUCACUCGGGACUCUUCUCAAGCCCAUGGCCGUCUCAUGUUCAGCUCAAACCGUCUCUCUAACCUCUCUCUGCUAACACCACUCACACCCUCCCGACGUCUCUGCACGUCCCUCACUACCACCUCCAUCCUCCGCCUUACCCAUCCCACUUUCACGCGACCUCUACAGAUCCCCCACUCCACCCGAACAUCACUCACACCUCUGCGUUGGUCCCACACCAUGCCUCCAAUUCACUCCAAAAAACACAAGAUUGCGGUGAUUGGGUCGGGCAACUGGGGCACGACAAUCGCCAAAGUCAUUGCAGAAAACACACAAGAGCAUGAAGACCUCUUUGAACAAGAGGUGCAAAUGUGGGUGUACGAGGAGGAAUAUCAGCUCCCCAAGGACAGCAAACACUACGACGGCGGCUCGGAACUCUGCACCAAACCCCAGAAGCUCACCCAGCUGAUCAAUGGCCUCCACGAAAACGUCAAAUACCUGCCCGGCAUUCCACUCCCCAAAAACAUUGUGGCCAAUCCAGACAUUGCCGACGCAGCCAAAGACGCCACCAUCCUCGUCUUCAACCUUCCACAUCAAUUCAUCGGCAGGAUAUGUGACAUGCUGCGCGACAAGGUGAUUCCGUAUGCGAGAGGCAUCAGCUGUAUCAAAGGUGUUGCCGUGUCCGAGGACGGUUGCGAGCUCUUCUCGGACAGCAUCGGCCGCAAGCUGGGCAUUUACUGUGGCGCCCUCAGCGGUGCCAACAUUGCCAACGAAGUUGCCCUGGAAAAGUGGUGUGAAACAACGGUGGCCUACGACCCUCCGGCUCUGGACUCCCAACACGGCUCCCCCGACCGCUCUUCAGCAGCUGCAGACGACAACGCUCUAUCCCGAACAAAGUCUCGAGCUCUCCCCGCCGAAUAUCCCCCUCUCAACCACAUCAACAUCAAAAAGCUCUUUCACAGGCCAUACUUCCAUGUGCGCCUGGUUCGUGACGUUGCGGGUGUAUCCCUCGGCGGUGCUCUCAAAAACGUCGUUGCUAUCGCUGCUGGCUUUGUGGAUGGGCUGGGCUGGGGCGAUAACGCCAAAGCUGCCGUCAUGCGCGUUGGCAUUCUCGAAGAGGUCAAAUUUGGCACUCGCUUCUUCUCCACCUGCCAGACCGAAACCUUCACCCAAGAGUCUUGCGGCGUGGCGGACAUGAUCACCUCGUGUUCUGGAGGCCGCAACUUCCGAUGUGCAAAGAUGAGCGUGAAGGAGGGCAAGCCGAUUGGGGAGAUUGAAGAGCGAGAGCUCAACGGGCAGAAGCUGCAAGGCACCAGCACGGCGUAUGAGGUCAAUGAAUUCUUAAAGGCGCAGGGCAUGGAAAAGGACUUUCCGCUCUUCACUGCCGUGUACAACAUUCUUGCGGGAAAUGCGAAGCCGCAGGACAUCCCCAAGCUUAUUGAAGUGACGAGCGAAGGAGACGAGUAGAGUCCAUUCUGAAGACGAAAUCGGCGAUACCCCGAGGCAAGCGGCAUGCCAUUUGGCAAGGCUCGCUGUGUUUAUUAGGUCUAUAGCAUUGCAAUAGCAGCCACGCCUGCUCCCAACAAACCUCCUGCAAUGAUCGGCGCCGCCGUCUGUCUUGCAGCACCAUGGCUUGAGGCGCUUGAAGCAACGGAUUCCGCGCCACUGGUGAUGGUCGAAACGACACUUCCAGCGCCAUUGGUGACUUCGGUGGCAAUGCUGCCGCCGGCAGAGGUAAUAACCGUGGCGACGCUCCCGGCACCGCUGG